UCUAGUUAAAGAAUGAUUUGGUUUCCAAUGAAGCUAUGGUCACCCUGGGCCUGUCGGUCACCUGACGUGUUCGCCUCUGCUUUUCAUGAUGCAUGCACUGCAUGCCCUGCACUGCACUGCAUGGAUAGAGCCAGUCCUCACUAGAGUCCCUACCUAGUCUGCACUUCUAAGUCCUCCGUCCUCCGUCCCAAAGCGACGACAGCCGCCAGAAGGAAGUCAGUCAACGCCUCCUUCAGUCCUUCUGCCACCCCCCCUGUCUGUUCCAAGUGCUGACUGGAUUGGUUUGAUCCGGCCGUGACUGUCCCCGCCUGGCACUAAAACAUCCCACGGGUCGGUCGGUGUUCGUGGAGUUGAUUUAUCCUUUGGCAUCAAUCCAAGUCCCAGCCUCCGAGCUCAACCAAGAUGACGGACUCGAAGUACUUCACCACCACGAAGAAGGGCGAGAUCUUCGAACUCAAAUCCGAGCUCAACUCCGAUAAGAAGGAGAAGAAACGCGAAGCCGUGAAGAAGGUCAUCGCCUCCAUGACGGUGGGCAAGGAUGUGAGUGCACUCUUUCCGGAUGUGGCCAAUUGCAUGCAAACCGAUAAUCUCGAGCUCAAGAAGCUGGUCUAUUUGUACUUGAUGAACUACGCCAAGUCGCAGCCGGAUAUGGCCAUCAUGGCCGUCAACACCUUCGUUAAGGACUGCGAAGACCCUAAUCCCUUGAUUCGAGCCUUGGCUGUCCGCACCAUGGGCUGCAUUCGAGUCGACAAGAUCACCGAAUACUUGUGUGAGCCUUUGCGCAAAUGCCUCAAGGAUGACGACCCCUACGUCCGGAAAACGGCCGCCGUCUCCGUGGCUAAAUUACACGAUAUCAAUGCAGCUUUGGUGGAGGAACAAGGCUUUUUGGACUCGCUCAAAGAUCUUCUGAGCGAUUCCAAUCCCAUGGUGGUGGCCAAUGCCGUGGCCGCGCUCUCCGAAAUCAAUGAAGCUUCGGCCACGGGUCGCCCGCUCAUUGAGAUGAAUGCACCCACCAUCAACAAGCUUUUGACAGCCUUGAACGAAUGUACCGAAUGGGGCCAGGUCUUCAUCUUGGAUUCACUGUCCAACUACACGCCCAAAGAUGAGCGCGAAGCUCAAUCCAUUUGCGAGCGGAUCACGCCCCGUUUGGCGCACGCCAAUGCCGCCGUGGUGCUCUCUGCCGUGAAGGUGCUCAUGAAGUACAUGGAGAUGAUGGGCCAGGACGCCGAGUUUGUGGUCAGUUUGAGCAAGAAAUUGGCCCCGCCUUUGGUCACGUUGCUCUCGUCCGAGCCUGAAGUUCAAUAUGUCGCGCUGAGGAACAUCAACCUGAUCAUCCAGAAGCGACCGGACAUCCUCAAGCACGAGAUGAAAGUGUUCUUUGUUAAAUACAACGAUCCCAUCUACGUCAAACUAGAAAAGUUGGACAUCAUGAUCCGGCUAGCCUCGCAGAAUAACAUCGCUCAAGUGCUCUCUGAAUUGAAAGAGUACGCCACCGAAGUGGACGUGGAUUUUGUGCGCAAGUCGGUUCGAGCUAUUGGGCGUUGCGCCAUCAAAGUGGAGCAAUCGGCAGAACGUUGCGUUUCGACGCUCUUGGAUUUGAUUCAGACCAAAGUCAAUUACGUGGUUCAAGAAGCCAUCGUGGUGAUCAAAGACAUCUUUCGAAAAUAUCCCAACAAGUACGAAAGCAUCAUCGCCACUCUAUGCGAGAAUUUAGACACUUUGGAUGAGCCUGAGGCUCGAGCUUCCAUGAUUUGGAUCAUUGGCGAAUACGCCGAGAGAAUCGAUAACGCCGACGAGCUCUUGGAGAGCUUCUUGGACUCAUUCCAGGAUGAGAAUACCCAAGUGCAGCUCCAAUUACUCACGGCAAUUGUGAAGCUUUUCUUGAAGCGACCUACCGAUACUCAAGAGCUUGUGCAACAGGUCUUGUCUUUGGCUACUCAAGAUUCGGACAAUCCGGAUCUACGCGAUCGAGGCUUCAUCUAUUGGCGAUUACUCUCCACGGACCCGGCCGCGGCAAAAGAGGUGGUUUUGGCCGAAAAGCCUCUGAUUUCGGAAGAGACCGACCUGAUCGAGCCGACUCUGCUGGAUGAAUUGAUCUGUCAUAUUGCCUCGUUGGCCUCGGUCUACCAUAAGCCUCCCACGGCUUUUGUGGAAGGAACUGGCGGCCUCAAGAGAGCGUUGCCUUCUCGUUCCGGCGAAGAAGAUGCUUCGGUUAUGGCAACUGGAGGAGCAUCUGCCUCGGUCAUCCCCGAACCUGGAUCCCUCAUUGGAGAUCUUCUCUCCAUGGACAUUGGAGGUGGCGGAUCCACUGCUGGAGCUGGAGGCACUGGUAAUGUGGAUAUUCUGGGAGGAGGCCUGGACAUUCUGGGAGGAACCGCUCCUUCCGCGCCUGUAAGUGAACCUUUACGUUAUGAUUCAGAGGAGAGCAAUUCCACUGACAAAUCGAAUGCCAUUCGUAAUACCGUCAUUCGAUUGCAGUCCACCAAUUCCCUCUUGGGCGAUAUCUUCGGCUUAAGUGGCACAAGCAGCACGACAUUCCAUAUUCCUCCCAAGCAAGUCUGGCUCCCUGCCCCCAAGGGCAAGGGCAUGGAGAUCAGUGGCACAUUCUCCCGAAAGAACGGUCAAAUCCACAUGGUGCUGACCUUCUCCAACAAGGCCAUGCAGCCUAUGAACCAGUUUGCUGUUCAGCUGAACAAGAACAGCUUCGGCCUGAUUCCGGCGCAAGCCCUAAACGUGCCUAACAUUCCACCUAACCAAUCUUUGGAUAUCUCGCUUCCUCUGAACACUAAUGGACCGGUUCAGAAGAUGGAACCUCUGACCAAUUUGCAGGUGGCCAUCAAAAACAAUAUCGAUGUCUUCUACUUUGCUUGCGUGAUGCCCAUUCACGUGUUCUUUACCGAAGACGGUAACAUGGAGAAGAAAGUAUUCCUGGCCACCUGGAAGGACAUUCCAUCGGCAAAUGAGGUUCAAUUCACCUUGGAGAACAUCGAAUGCAAUGCGGAUGGUGUGUCCACCAAGAUGAACCAGAACAAUGUGUUCACCGUGGCUAAACGACAUCUCGAAGGUCAAGACAUGGUGUACCAAUCCAUGAAGUUCACCAAUGAUGUUUGGGCUCUGGCAGAACUCAAGAUCCAACCAGGCAACCCGAGUGUCACGUUGGCCAUCAAAUCUCGUGCUUUGGAUGUUUGCCACAGUAUCUUCGCUAUCUACGAUACGAUCCUCCAUAAUUAGGUCCCGCUUGCAUGGAUCAUUGCGAUUAUUAAAUUAUGAUAUCUUGUUGAAGUUAAAGUAAGAUUGUCAAUGAAAUUAAAUCAAGACUCAUCUCA